CUCAAGUGGGAGGAGAAAUGCAAAUCCCCUACUGACGAUGGUGUCAGCGGCUGGGUUCUGCGGAACUUGAAGGGCGAUUCCGACUUUGGACUUGAGCACCGCCUGGGACCCGGGCUGAGAGAGCCAGUAUGACUCAGUGGAAUCAAGUCCAACAGUUAGAAAUAAAAUUUUUGGAGCAAGUUGAUCAAUUCUAUGAUGACAACUUUCCUAUGGAAAUUCGGCAUCUGUUGGCCCAGUGGAUUGAAAAUCAAGACUGGGAGGCAGCAUCUAACAAUGAAUCCAUGGCAACAAUUCUUCUUCAAAACUUGUUAAUACAACUGGAUGAACAGUUAGGUCGCGUUUCCAAAGAGAAAAAUCUGCUUUUAAUACACAACCUAAAAAGAAUUAGGAAAGUCCUUCAGGGAAAAUUUCAUGGAAAUCCGAUGCAUGUGUCUGUGGUUAUUUCAAAUUGUUUAAGGGAAGAGAGGAGAAUAUUGGCUGCAGCCAACAUGCCUGUUCAGGGACCUCUGGAGAAAUCCUUACAAAGUUCUUCAGUUUCAGAAAGACAGAGGAAUGUGGAGCACAAAGUGGCUGCCAUUAAAAAUAGUGUGCAGAUGACAGAACAAGACACCAAAUAUUUAGAAGAUCUGCAAGAUGAAUUUGACUACAGGUAUAAAACAAUUCAGACAAUGGAUCAGGGUGACAAGAACAGCGCCCUAAUGAAUCAGGAAGUUUUGACUCUGCAGGAAAUGCUGAACAGCCUGGACUUCAAAAGAAAGGAAGCCCUCAGUAAGAUGACACAAAUAGUGAAUGAGACGGACUUGUUAAUGAACAGCACCCUGGUGGAGGAGCUGCAAGACUGGAAGAGGCGGCAGCAAGUCGCCUGCAUCGGAGGUCCACUCCACAAUGGGCUCGACCAGCUCCAAAACUGCUUUACACUGUUGGCAGAAAGUCUGUUCCAACUCAGAAGGCAGUUGGAGAAAUUAGAGGAGCAGUCUACCAAAAUGACCUAUGAAGGGGAUCCCAUCCCACUGCAAAGAACACAUCUGCUAGAAAGAGUCACCUUCUUGAUCUGCACCCUUUUUAAGAACUCAUUUGUGGUUGAACGACAGCCAUGCAUGCCAACCCACCCUCAGAGGCCGAUGGUACUUAAAACUCUCAUUCAGUUUACUGUGAAGCUAAGACUACUGAUAAAAUUACCAGAACUAAACUAUCAGGUAAAGGUGAAAGCAUCGAUUGACAAGAAUGUUUCAACUCUAAGCAAUCGAAGAUUUGUGCUUUGUGGAACUCACGUCAAAGCCAUGUCCAUUGAAGAAUCUUCCAGUGGGAGUCUCUCUGUAGAAUUUCGGCAUUUGCAACCAAAGGAAUUGAAGUCUAGUACUGGAAACAAAGGAAAUGAGGGCUGUCACAUGGUGACUGAGGAGCUUCAUUCCAUAACAUUUGAGACACAGAUCUGCCUCUACGGCCUCACCAUAGAUUUGGAGACCUGCUCAUUACCUGUGGUGAUGAUUUCCAAUGUCAGUCAGUUACCUAACGCUUGGGCAUCCAUCAUUUGGUACAACGUGUCAACCAAUGAUUCCCAGAACUUGGUUUUCUUUAAUAACCCUCCAUCUGCCACUUUGAGUCAACUCCUGGAAGUGAUGAGCUGGCAGUUUUCAUCAUAUGUUGGCCGUGGCCUGAACUCAGAUCAACUCAAUAUGCUGGUUGAAAAACUUACAGUCCAGUCUAGCUACAGUGAUGGUCAUCUCACGUGGGCCAAGUUCUGCAAGGAGCACUUACCUGGUAAAUCAUUUACCUUUUGGACAUGGCUUGAAGCAAUAUUAGACCUAAUUAAGAAACACAUUCUUCCCCUUUGGAUUGAUGGGUAUGUCAUGGGCUUUGUUAGCAAAGAGAAGGAACGACUCUUGCUAAAGGAUAAAAUGCCGGGAACCUUUUUGUUAAGAUUCAGUGAAAGCCACCUUGGAGGAAUAACUUUCACCUGGGUGGACCAUUCUGAAAAUGGAGAAGUGAGAUUCCACUCUGUAGAGCCUUACAACAAAGGCCGGUUGUCUGCUCUGCCAUUCGCUGACAUCCUUCGAGACUACAAGGUUAUUAUGGCUGAAAACAUUCCUGAAAACCCUCUGAAGUACCUCUAUCCUGAUAUUCCCAAAGACAAAGCCUUCGGUAAACACUACAGCUGCCAGCCAUGUGAAGUUUCAAGACCAACAGAAAGGGGAGACAAAGGUUAUGUCCCUUCUGUAUUUAUCCCCAUCUCAACAAUCCGAAGUGAUUCAACGGAGACACAUUCUCCAACAGACCUUCUUCCCAUGUCACCAAGUGUGUACGCAGUGCUGAGAGAAAACCUGAGUCCCACAACAAUUGAAACUGCGGUAUGUCCCCUUUCUUUCCAUUGCUGUCAAGGGCAUUUCUGAGGAAGCGAAGGUGGUGUGUGAAUCAACGAGGGGUGAAGAUCUGCAGUGAGAAAACACACUUGUUGGAACAAAUCCAUGAGCAUAACACAAGGGGUGUACGUCUGUAUGGUCCUGCGUGUUGCUGAUGUUAGGGGCAUUGGAAGCAGAUACCUACACUGACUUGAACUGCUUUGAGGUCUUUCCAUCAAAAGCCAUCCAAGGGCAAAAUAUCUCUGUAUCCUCCUACUCAAGUACACUUCAUCCCUACUUCCACCAUCAGCCCCACCAAUCUCCACCGCUCUCCCCACUGUAGCAGACAAUACUUAUAUGUCAUUAUAUGCAAGUCUAGUUUAAUAUUUUAUUUUAACAAUUCAAGCACCACAAAUUCCAAUUUUUCUUGAUUAUUGGUCCUAUCCUGGGAGCUUCUUCAAGUAGUAUAUGAACAACAAUCAAUAGCAGUAUAAUAAUACUCUUUUGAGAACUGAGUCAUAAUCUUAUAUGCUACUAUGUGCUUUAGGAUGCAUUCUAUCUAGUAUUAUUUCCCAAUAUUGUCAAACAGUUCAAAACCCCAAUUACAUUAGGAUGCAGGUACAUCAGAAUAAUAGAUUCUUGGAGGGACCCUGAGCUCCAGGAGAUUAGUGUCUGGCUGUAAAUCAAGUGGUUUUUAGUCCUUCUCUUGAAGAUUUCCAGGGAUAGAAAAACUUAUUCCAAUGUUAAUUGUCCUUAAGUCAUUUAGUUGUAAGAGGACUUUUGCUACAUUUUACACCCAUUUCUUCAUUGCGUUUUUAUGGGAUGAAUAGACCUCCUUAAAAUCGUUUUUAUUUAUUUUAAAGUUGCGUUUUAUUUUGGAUUGAUCAACCUUAGUUACUUUUGUAAGUACUGUACUUAGUAGUUAAUUGGUAGAAAGAUUAUGAAGUAAAGUAUGUAUUUAGUAGACAAGAGAAUGUUUACCUAAGAAAUGGUGACUUACUUGCAAAACAAUAGUUUGCUCAAAGGUCAUUUUCAUUUUCCAAUUUUAGAUGAAGUCUCCCUAUUCUGCUGAAUGACACGAUAAGCUCUUGACACUCAAAAGAAGGAAGCAAAUGAAAAAGUUUAAAGACUGAUCUUUGCCAACAAUCACAUCUUGUUUCUUCAGCUUUGUAUAUACCGAUUUCCAGGAAAUGGUUAAGUUCGAAGCUUUCCUCUCACUGGUAUGACACCCCCAAAUGGGAAUGUCAUGAUUGAAAUGCUAAAAACCAAAGCUUCAGAUAAAACACUUUAAGAAACCAAUGUUAAUAUAAUAUUAACAAAAGA